AUGCAGCAACCGUUGGUACCUUAUUAUGCAGAUCUUUGUUUUAUGCAUUUUGGUGAUCGAGCAAAGCGCUGGCUCACUUUGAAUGAGCCAUUUACUGUAAAUAACCAUGGUUAUGCAAUCGGGACUCACGCACCGGGACGAUGCUCAGCUUGGCAAAAAUUGAACUGCAUUGGUGGAAAUUCGGCUGUUGAACCAUAUUUGGUGACACACCACCAACUCCUUUCUCAUGCAGCCGCUGUGAAGUUGUACAAGACUAAAUACCAGGAAUAUCAAAAUGGUGCGAUAGGAUUAGCAGUAGUGACACACUGGUUUGAGCCAGCUUCCAAGGCAAAAAAAGAUAUAGAUGCUGCAAAUCGAGCUUUGGAUUUUAUGUUUGGAUGGUUUAUGGACCCAAUCACAACUGGUGACUAUCCCCGAAGCAUGCGAACAUAUGUUGGAUCACGAUUACCUCAAUUCACAAAAGAGCGGUCCGAUUCUCUAAAUAGGUCAUAUGAUUUUAUAGGAAUCAAUUACUACUCUGCUAGAUAUGCAAGCAAUCCACUAGAGAAUUCAUCUGACCCUGAAAACUACAUAAAUGAUCCUCAUGUUAAUGCGACAGCUGAGGUUAAUGGAAAACCCAUUGGUCCACGGGCUGCUUCGGAUUGGUUAUACAUUUAUCCAAAAGGAAUUCACGAUCUUAUGAUUUAUACCAAGAAAAAGUAUAAUGAUCCAACCAUUUAUAUUACUGAAAAUGGUAAGCAAUCGGGUGCUAAAGUAAAAGGAUACUUUGCAUGGUCGAUACUAGAUAACUUUGAAUGGGCAGAAGGAUAUCGUAGUCGAUUUGGUCUUAACUAUGUGGACUAUGAUGGUGCACUGACAAGGUACCCAAAACGCUCGGCAAACUGGUUCAAAACUUUCUUGAAGAAGAGCCAAAGAAAUAUGAAAAAUAUUCAAGUAUCUGUGGAUGAUAAUGAUGAGGACAUCAAACUUGUUUAUCAAAUUUGA